AUGUGCAAGUCUCAGUUUCACAGCUUCCUCAAGGCCUUGCCAAAGGUUGAGCAGCAUCUUCAUAUCGAGGGAACUCUUGAGCCUGAGCUCCUCUUCUCCCUCGCUGAGAAGAAUGGCAUCACGCUCCCAGAGGACCCUGUCUACGAAUCUGCCGAUAAGUUGCGGGAACGCUACGGUCGAUUCACAUGUCUCGACGACUUCCUGCACUACUACUACCUCGGUAUGAGCGUGCUCAUCACUGAGAGUGACUUCGAAACUCUUGCGUACCAGUAUUUUCAGAGGGCAGCGAGCGAGAAGGUUCGACAUGCUGAGAUCUUUUUUGAUCCUCAGGCGCAUAUUGCUCGAGGCGUUAGCUAUGAUACUGUCGUUGCGGGACUUACAGCCGCCAAGCACCGCGCUCAGAAGGAGUUGGGCAUUACUAUCGAGCUCAUCGUCUGUAUUCUGCGCCAUCUCCCUGUUCCUGAGUCGCAUGCUCUCGUUGACACUCUUUUGGACCGCGGUCAUUUCAAUGACGGUACCCUGACGGGCUUUGGCAUGGUCUCAAGCGAGAAGGCUUUCCCCCCUGAACUCUUCACUGAUGUCUACGCCCGUGUCGCAAAGACUGGCACCCAUCUCACCACUCACGCCGGCGAGGAGGCGCCCCCUUCAUUCAUCACCGCUUCGCUGGAGCACCUCAAAGUAUCGCGUAUCGACCACGGCCUUGCAGCAGCGCAAGACCCCGAGCUUCUCAAGACGCUAGCAACCAACCGCACCCUCCUUACUUUCUGCCCCUGGUCCAACGUUGCUCUUUGCAAUCUGCCCGAGCUCGCCGACGCCCCUGUCCGUAAAUUUCUGGACGCAGGCGUCCUCUUCAGCGUGAACAGCGACGACCCUGCCUACUUCGGUGCUUACGUUCAGGAGGUCUACUGCCGCGUCCAGGAUACCUUCAAACUCUCGGUUAAGGAUUGGGCGUGGAUUGUCCGUGGUGCUAUCGAAGAAAGCUGGUGCUCCCAGGAGCGCAAGGCGGAGAUUCUGAAGGAGCUUGAUCAAGUGCUUGAUGAAUACAAGGACUUGGAGGCGUAG